AUGAAGGUCACCGGUCUCUUCACUGUUCUCGCCACCGCUCUGGCUGUUACUGCCACUGCCAUUCCUGAUGCGGCCCCUGAUGCCGUUCUUGAAGACCGAGCUUCCGUCUCAUUCAACCGUGCUGAGGCUGCUGCCCUGAGAGCCCAGACACAAAGCACCAUCAACCAGAUCCGAAACAUCCAAAGAAGCUACGAAAACCGUGCUAGAGGCACCAUUGGCGACUGGAAGGGCUCUGCGAAGACGUCGAUUCAGCGGGAUUUGUCAAACUUUGACGCGGCGAUCAAGAAGUCCAACGACGCACUUAACCAUAUUGUUGCCACUUUGAACAGACUUCUUUAA